AUGAAAUUCAAUGGAACAGAUAGAUAUUGUGAUACUAUGAAGAGGGUUUCCUCUUUGUCACCAAUGAAGAAGAUGAAUAUCUCAGACCAAAGAGAAGAGGAGUAUCUCAGACCAAGAUCAAAUGGUGCUAAAAGUGCACCCAUUAGAUUACAUAUGACGAAGGCAGGUCCUCGUCUAUGCGAAAGCAGCAAGAAGGAUGCGGCUGCAGUUGCUUUCUGCCAAUCAUCAGAAGAAGAUCUUGAUCUAUACAAACAAUUUGGUAACGACAGAGAGUCGAUGUGGUUGUCUACAGAUUGUUCAUCACCUUCUGCCUUUUUUAGAGAGUAUAGGUGGUCUGAUUCAUUUCACUCAAAAGAGCUGUUGUUACUUUCCUGGUUGUCAUUGCUGGCAAGAGAAAAUCCUAUGGAAGAGGCAUCUAAUUUGCCUAUGCGGAAAACUUCUCGAGAUGAAGACAAGAAUUUAGAGGAAGAUAUGAAGGAUGAAAAGAUAGUUACUUGGCUACUUGACACAAAAUCUGAUUCUUCUCAGAGUCUAGAUUUCGAGAGGAUAGGUUUUCACGUAUCUUUAUUGAAUCUUGAUGGAGAGGAUAACAAAUUGAUACCAGGUACAGAUCCAAAGUUGGAUUAUUUUCUGUCUGAUUUUCCCAGUCCAUCUUACAAAAGUAAUUGGGGUCAUGAAUUUCAGUCAUGUAAUUUUAGUAGUGGAGCACAAAGUGAAACAUCAGUAUGUGAUUUUUCAUCAGAGCAUGCUUCUGAAGCUGCAGAUUGCUUAGAUCUAAAUACUGAUGAACCACUUUUCUGGCCAUACGAACAGAAAAUCACUUGGAAUUCUGAGGCAACUUGGAAUUACUUUUCCAUGUCGCCGCGGAAGGACAUAAGUAUAACAACUUUUGGAAGUCCACCAGAUUCUGUUCAAUUAAGCCACCAUGAUAAGAACAUAGGUCUCAAAAAAGGGCAUAGGAGAAGACUAGUGUUCAGCUCAGGAUCAGCAGCAUCAAAGAUAAUGGAAUUAAAACAAAGAUACAACAAGGGUGCACGCAGGACCAAUACUUUGCCUUCAAGAUUGAGCAGGGCAACCAAAACUUCUGAGAAAAUUGUACCUUUAAACAUGAAAGAUGAUACUGCAGAAAUCAAAGAUAGACAAGCUCAUGUUGAAAGACCAGUUGGUAUGGUUAAAGCUCUCGUAGAAGAAGGUUCUGCUUCAAAAGAACUUCCAAUUGAGAUGUUCUUGGGCCUUGAUGAGUUUGACGGGCAUGAGGGAGUUGAUUCAGAAUUUGAUAAAGAUGACUUCUCACUGCAUGUGUCUCUCCGUUAG